CUUCAUUGCGCACUCACAUCCGCGUCCUUCCGUCAGUCAGAAGGUCAAUCUACACCGUGUAAACAAUCCUCUCCGACCGUGACACCGUAACUUUAUAUCCGGAUCUCAAGAAACUCGAGGAUCGUGUCGUGAUUGUCUUUCCACGAGCAGGAUGAGUUCAACGGGUCUGGAGAAGCUGCGGAUGACGGGCGCGGGCAGGGCGAUCGCCGUUCUCACCAGCGGCGGAGACGCGCAAGGUAUGAACGCAGCGGUGCGAGCCGUGACCCGGAUGGGUAUAUAUGUUGGAGCAAAAGUUUAUCUGGUGUAUGAGGGUUAUCAAGGACUGGUGGAUGGAGGAGAUCAUAUUAAACUCGCCAACUGGCAAAGCGUCACCAAUAUAAUCCAACUGGGAGGGACCGUGAUCGGCAGCGCCCGCUGCAAAGCGUUCACCACGCGUGAGGGCCGUUUAUCUGCAGCGUUUAACCUGGUGAAGCGUGGCAUCUCUAACCUGUGUGUCUGCGGCGGGGACGGCAGUCUCACGGGGGCUCAUAUCUUCCGCUCGGAGUGGAGUGGACUGCUGGAUGAGCUGCUGAAGAAAGGCCGGAUCACUGCAGAAACAGCCAAACAUCACAGUCAUCUGAACAUCGUGGGUCUGGUGGGUUCCAUUGAUAAUGAUUUCUGUGGAACAGACAUGACCAUCGGCGCUGACUCCGCCCUCCAUCGCAUCACUGAGAUUAUUGACGCCAUCACCACCACAGCGACAAGCCACCAGCGCACAUUUGUGUUAGAGGUCAUGGGUCGCCACUGUGGGUAUCUGGCUCUGGUUUCAGCUCUGGCAUCUGGAGCUGAUUGGCUGUUUAUUCCUGAAGCUCCUCCUGAGGAGGGAUGGGAGGAGCUCAUGUGUGCUCGACUGGGAGAGAGCCGCAGUAAAGGAUCCAGACUGAACAUCAUCAUUGUUGCUGAAGGAGCCAUCAGUAGAAGCGGUGAGCCCAUCACCUCCAACUAUAUCAAAGACCUUGUUGUGUCUCGGUUGGGAUAUGACACGCGAGUGACGGUUUUGGGUCACGUCCAGAGAGGCGGAACCCCUUCAGCCUUCGACAGGGUUUUGAGCAGUAAGUUGGGCGUGGAGGCCGUGGUGGCCCUGUUGGAGGCGGAGCAGGACACGCCCGCCUGUGUGAUCGGCCUGUCGGGUAACCAGUCUGUGCGGCUGCCACUCAUGGAAGCGGUGGAGAUGACUAAAGAGGUGCAGAGGGCCAUGAAUGAGAAACGCUUUGAAGAAGCCAUACAGUUACGAGGACGGAGCUUUGAGAACAACUGGAACAUUUAUAAACUGCUGGCCUAUCAGAAGCCUGCUCAGACCCAGAGCGGACACUCCAUGGCCAUACUGAACGUGGGGGCUCCGGCGGCAGGUAUGAACGCAGCGGUGCGCUCAGCGGUCCGGGUCAGUUUGGCCACAGGACAUCGGGUGUAUAUUGUUAGCGAUGGAUUUGAGGGUCUGGCCAACGGAGAGGUUAAUGAAGUGUCGUGGAAUCAGGUGGCCGGUUGGACGGGACAGGGCGGAUCUCUGCUGGGAACCAAACGAACACUUCCGAGCACCUGCAUGGAAAAACUGGUGGAAAAUCUCAACAAGUUUAAUAUUCAGUCCCUGCUGGUCGUCGGUGGUUUUGAGGCUUAUGAGGGAAUAUUAGAGUUGGUUGAAGCCAGGGGGCGAUAUGAUGAAUUAUGUAUUCCCAUGUGUAUCAUUCCUGCCACCAUCAGCAACAAUGUGCCCGGCACUGACUUCAGUCUGGGGGCAGAUACCGCCGUAAAUGCUGCCAUGGCUAGCUGUGAUAAGAUCAAGCAGUCAGCCACCGGGACCAAGAGAAGAGUGUUUGUGGUGGAGACUAUGGGGGGAUUCUGUGGAUACUUGGCAACCUACACUGGCAUCGCUGUUGGUGCGGAUGCGGCAUAUAUUUUUGAAGAAUCGUUUAACAUCCAUGACCUCAAAACUAACGUGGAGCAUUUGACGGAGAAGAUGAAGAAAGACAUUCAGAGGGGUCUGGUGUUGAGGAACGAGAAGUGUCACGAGCAGUACACCACAGAUUUCAUCUACAAGCUUUACUCGGCGGAAGGGAAAGGCGUCUUCGACUGUAGGGUCAAUGUUCUGGGACACCUGCAGCAGGGUGGCGUGCCCACACCCUUUGACAGGAACUAUGGCACUAAACUGGGCGUGAGAGCCGUUCAGUGGUUAACUGAGAAGAUGACCAACGCUUUUAGACAAGGUCGUGUGCUCGCUAACACUCCAGACACCGCCUGUGUGAUCGGACUCCAGAAGAAAGUCCUGUCCUUUAGUCCCGUGACUGAACUGAAGGAUCAGACGGACUUCAAACACAGAAUGCCCAAAGUACAGUGGUGGGUAAACCUGCGUCUGAUGCUGAAGAUGUUGGCCAAAUAUCAGACCUCCUUCAAUGAGUAUGUGACCGGAGAGAUUGAACACGUGACGCGUCGCUCUCUCAGUAUAGACACCGGCUUUUAAAACGUCAUUCAGAUCAGUUCACCUCACUGCCACGCCAACAUACAUCAGGAUUCUUGAGUAAAACAUGACUCCAGAUCUGUGCCUGAUCAUAAUGAUGCCGAGACGGCUCUAGAUCCCUCCAUCAAAGCACCCGUUCAGUUAAAACGUCUGUGAUGUUUAUAGCCUUAGUUUCGAAUUAAUAAUAUAGUUUCAAUGAAUAACGAAAUACUUUAUUUUCAACAGAAAUGUAUUGGUAUACAUUUGAUAGUUUUAUUAAGUACAGUAUAAAGCUGAGAUCUGAUUGGUCUGUGAUUGGUGGACACAUACAUAUGUAUGGGUCAAAGACGAGAAAGGGUUUAAGCAUAAAAACAAUAAGUGUAAUACUGCUUUCAAUUGUUGUUGUUCAAAAAAAGAAGGUUUCUGUUUAGUUUAAUUGCGUUUUUGUUUUUCUGAGCAAAAAAGUAAAUAUCAUACAUUUUCCCCUGAUUUACGGAAGACGGACACUAAAAUGUCAUUCGGUGUAACAAUCUUGUCAGGCAUAAUUACAACAAAAAUCUAUUUAGGACAUAUCGAAAGACUAAUUACUUUCACCCAAAAUGCUAAUUAUUUGUAAUUUUACUUGUUUUAUUUUAUUUGCCACUAUCCUAGGUUUUGCCUGUUUGUCAAUCAGAAUUUUUACUCAUUUAAUUUGUACAUAAAUAUUGUGUUACACUGAAUGACAAUGUAACAUUAUUUCAACCAAAUUUUGACAUUUUAUUCUCCCAAAACUUAGUUGAAACCAUAAAGUAGACAUUUUACUUGCAUUUAAUGUGCUUUCUAUACACGUAAAAUCACUUUUUGAAAUGUAUUUUGAUGCGGACAUCUUAAAGUCUUUGACCCUUAUACAUAGAUGCUACAUUCCACCACUCCAGACAACAUCUACAGUAUGUUUAUGUGUAUACAGUAUCUGCGUGAGCAGCUUUGGCACUUUUAUUGUAGAAAGCCUCAAACUUUCAUGGUGCAAUGGACCUUUGGACACUUCAAUAUAGACACACUAUUAAAACAAGACCAAAGAGAUUGAUUACAGAUAUUUAACAAUUUAAAAGAUUUUGUUAUUUCCUGCCACAUCUAGUGUAUAUUCCAGUAAUGUUUCAUGAGAGAAUGGAGUUUUGAUGUGAUCAUAAGCAGUUGAGGUUGACAGAUAACCCUGACUCUGUGACUCUUAAACGUGUUGUUGCCUGUUGUGCGGUUAAGUGACUGUAAUAUCAUGCGUCUGAUCAGUGUGAUCAUUGUUAAUCUAGUGUUGCAUGUUUUACACAUCCAGUAUUGAAUACUUGUAUAACCGUUUUCACAUUGUACUGUAUGUAACAAACACAAACGCGUCCUUUCGCUUAUAGUGUAAGUCUGCAAAACUUUAAGAGUAAAUAAUAUUCUGUAUACAAAUCUGUCACAAAAAAGAUUUAGAUGUUAAAUGAAUGUAAUGAUACAGCUGAAUGACUUUGAAAUCAUCUUUAUUGCCAUUUAAGAUAAAUUAACAUAUAUUAAG